AAACACACCGUGUAAAAAAAACACGCAACUUAAAACACUUUUACUCGUCCGAAAACAAAUUUAAACAUUAUUUUAGCUUACUUGACCACUUUAAUUAAUCUACAAUUAGAAAAAAAUUAUAUAAAUUUUCAGUUAAAAGCGUUAGGUUAACUUACGCCAUGACUUAUUUUCAGUAUGUCUUUAUCAUAAUGACAUUUCUGAUAUGCGGUUGUAUAGCAAAAGAGUAUAAUGUGUUUUGUCAAUAUGAUUUGGGCUCCUACUACUACAAAGGACGCGGUCAAUUCUUUGAGUGGCACUUGGACUCCAGACUGUGCACCCACUUGGUCCUUGGUUCUGGAGUAGGUGUGGAUGGGAAGACCGGGAAAAUGAGGAUCACUGACAAGAUUCUGCUACUGGAGAAGGACAAGCUGAGCAGCGUUAAAACCAUGAAGUGGGAUAGCAUUAGGAAGGUAAUGUUUACCAUCGGUGGUUGGGAGGAGGACUCCAGCUCGUUUUCCCGCAUGGUGUCCUCUCCCAAGAAGCGGGACAAUUUCUAUAGCUCUAUAUUGGAGUUCAUGUUCAAGUGGGGAUUCGAUGGCGUCCAAAUCGAUUGGCGCUAUCCCACUCUGCUGGGUGGUCACCCAGAGGAUCGCCAGAACUUUGUGAUUCUGCUGGAGGAGCUGGGAUUAAUCUUUCGGAAGAAUCAGCUAAUAUUAAUGGUGGCUGUGCUGGGACGAACAAACAAGCGCAUCCUGGAAAGCUACAAUAUCCCCGAGAUAGUAAAGAACUCGGACUUUGUCCAUCUGAUGUUGCACGACGAGCAGGAUCCGUACCGCCUGCGCUUGGCUUACAAUGCUCCUCUUGUGGGGUAUGAAGACAGCGUGACCGAUUCCAUUAUGCAUUGGAAACGAAAUGGAGGAGCACCAGAGAAGCUUAUAUUGGGCAUUCCGCUAUUCGUGCGCUCCUUCACCAUGGAUAGAAAUCAAUCGACAGUGGGAUCCGCCUGCAAAGGACCCGGCAGACCGACUAAACUAUCCCACCGUCCCGGCUUCAUGACCUACAACGAGUGGUGCGUGCAGCAGUCCAAAUGGAGCAGGAAGUUUGACCAGCUGGCCAAGGUGCCCUAUGCCACAAGGGGUGAUCAGUGGGUAAGCUACGAGAACCCGCGGAGCAUCUGGGCCAAGAUGCAUCUGUUGCAGAAGCACAAGCUGGGUGGCGCCAUGGCCUGGACCAUUGACGUAGACGAUUUCCGGGGCAGGUGUGGCGAGCAGCAUGGAUUGCUCCGUGUGAUCUUCUCCGCCCUGGGCGACAAAAACGCCCUCACAACCGAGAAGCCGACCACAGAAGCCUCCGGACUGUGCCCACAUGAUGGCUUUAGCCGCGAUGGUUGGGACUGCCGAUUGUACCAUGAGUGUCGCGAUGGAGAAAGGAUCUAUUACGAGUGCCUCGAGGGUCAGUACUUCGACGAGAGCCAGGUCAUGUGCCGCCCAGCCGCUGAGGUCAAGUGUGAUGAGAACUUUGUCAUUUGGCGACCGGGAAUGCCCGUUUACAACUCCGACAACAUGCCACUAAACCUAAAGAUCGUGGAGUAGGUCCAUAAAAAUACACAAACCCCGUGACUUUUUUCUGGACAAAUAAAAUCUAACACUUUACUGAUCCUGA